CACGAGAGCACACACAAAAAAAAAAGGGGGGGGGGGGGGUAGGAGAAAGAAAGAAAAAACAGGGUCCGAAGAAAAAUAGUCCAUGAAAGCUAAAGUAUAGACAAAGUCCAAUGAAGAGGAGAGUGAGAAAUGAUGAUGAAAGCAAGAAAGAGACGAGUACAUGUAACAUCCAAAACCGGUCCAAGAUAGAUCGGAGAAACAAAAAAGAAAAGUCCAAAUUCAAGAGUAGACGAAAUGCAAGGAGAAAGAAAUCAAAAACGUCUGUCCGAAAGCCAAUCAACCAAGUCCAAGAGAUAUGAAACAAAACACAGAAAGCUAAGGAAGGAAAUAGAAAAUAACGCCAAAGCACCACGAGCAAAGCACACCAACAGUC